AUGGUCGUCGCUUUCGUGGGCCUCUUGGACGCUGUCGCUACAGGCCUGACUGCCGGGCGGCGCUUGACGGAGCAAUCGGACGGCGCGCGCGAGGCGCUGGAGGCGCUCAUGCACUCGGCGCGGGAGGGUUCGGCGGACCCCGGCGCUACUGGCGCGAAGCCAGAGGGCCGGGGCGGGGCGCUCGACACCAUCGGGGUAGACAGCGCCGACGGCAGACAAAUGUCCGCCGACGAGGUGAGCAUCAAAGACAGUCCGCUGGCUGUGUGCGACCGGCAGAGCAGGAAGGGCAACGAUGGCAAUGCCGCGUCGUCCUCGGCGGGCAACGGGGGCAAUGCCGCGUCCAUCCUCGGUGCGGAGGUGAGCGCCGGCGCCGCGCUGCAGGUCCAGGCGCGGGUCCCAGCGAGGCCGGGGGCCGCGCAGACAGCCCCCCGCGAGGGGAAGCAGAAGGCGCGGCAGCAAGUGCGCGCCGCAAAGCGCAGUGGCCCGUUGACGGUAGUGGCAGCGCCGCUGCAUGCCCUCAGCUUCGCUGCGCCCGUGAGCCCAGGGGGGCGAGGAUGGCGCGCGCCUGCCCCAUUGUCAGGAUCGACGCCCGACGUCUACGACGGCGUCGCGUGUUUCUUCCUUGCCGAUGACGGCGGUGGCAAUGGCGCGGAAGGCCUGGGCUCCGAAGGCGAGGAGCACACCUUCGACGGCUGCGUGGUCGGCGCGGGCGCGGCGUGGAAGCAGUGCGUAGAGGGAGUGCCGCCGUGCUACGUGUGCGUCGACAUGUGCCUGGCAACCGUCAUGUGGUUCACGCGGCAGAUCCUGUGCAGCGGCGGGGCCGAGGGGGGCGGCGCGGCGGCGGCGGGGACCAAAUCUUCCUGUGCGGCCGCGGCCGAGCCGCCCGCGCGGGCGGCGCCAGGGCCCCACGGCCAGCCGGGCGGCGCCCCCGCGGCGGCGGCCGCCCAGGUGACGCAGAGCAGACGGCAUUGGGUCCAGGACGCCGUUUGCCAGACCGUCCCGGUGUGGGAGGAGCGCGACGCUUGCGUGAUUUGCUUGCAGGCGCCGAGGACACACGCGCUCUCCCCCUGCGGGCACCUCUGCGUGUGCGCCUCGUGCGGCGGCAGGCAGCGGGCCCCCGCGGGCGCCAUGGCGAAGUGCCCGCUCUGCAGGAAGGCCGCGGACUGCGUCUUCGAGGUGUUCGCGGGCUUCGACCUGGGCAUCCCGAGGACCCCGUCCGCCGCGGACCGCCGCGGCACGCGCUUCCGCCUCGUGAACCGGCGGGUCUCGCCCAGCAACCGGCCCAAGCUGGACCUGCACAACGUGGCGGAGUGCCUGCAGGAGGUCGCGUUGGCGAACACGGCGAAGGAGGUCGAUGGGGGCUCGUGCGCGGUGGCGGACGCGUGGUGCCAGACGCUCGGGCACGACCUGUGCGUGACGUGCGAGGUCUCCCAGGCGACGCAUGCGACCGUGCCCUGCGGGCACCUCUGCCUCUGCGAGGGCUGCGCCGAGGGCUCGGCGCUGCGCGCGGGGCCCUGCCCGGCCUGCUCGCGCCUAGGGGUGCUGCGCUUCCUGAAGAUUUUCAGCUGACCUGUGGCCCGGCGCUUCCUCUCCUGUCCCGCUCUUCGAAUCUUGCUCGGUUAUCCUCUCUGCCCCGCCUUUGUGCCUCCCGCAGAAGAGCGCCGUGGGGCAGCCCCUGCUUGCGACCGCUCAGUGGACGCUGUCGCCAGAGGCGGCCUUCCCAUACUGUCUCUCGGAAGCCGGCCGUGCGGGGCUAGCGUGGGUGGGUUCCCAUCGGUCCCGUUGCCGCCGAUUUCGGCCGUUGGCUUCCUGUUUGCAUGUUCCUCCUGCCUCGUCUGCUGCCGACUACUCCCUCUGGUUCUGACGGCCUGUGAUAUCGAUGGGGCCACAUGCCAGAUUAGCAUGUUCGGUUUAGAUAGAAGGUUGCCUUAGAGGCAUUGCUGCUUUAGCCCGCUGAAGCCCUCUACAAGCGGCAGCGCUAGGCGCCCCGCCACGAGUGCGCAGCCACUGUCUUAUACAGUUUUAUAAUUCCCAGGCCAAGCGGUACCACAGCUACCGGCUUCGGCUCGCGCUCAAAUCUAGGGUGAUCCAUGGAUAUGCUAGCGACAGCGAGCACUGUGUGGAGGCGCGCAGAUAACUCCGCGAGCUUGCAAGCUCACAGUGGCACCGUAGAUGCACUCCGUGCGGCUGCUGCUUCGCGGCGGAGGCGAUCUGCCGCAGUGCUGCGGCCCAGCGGGUGCGCCGAGGCCGCGCGCAAGGGCGACGACAGGACGACGCCCUCCGAGGCUCGAAACCGCCGGAGCCUGCCACAGAAA